AUGCCUCGGUCUCUUUCGAACAGGUGUGAGAGAGUGAGGGAGAGGAGGCAAGGGGGGGAGAGCUGUGUCAUCCACACCAAGGGAGUGCUGCGCUUGCUCCAUUGGCAAGCAUGCCCACUCUCUCCCGUGCAAUCUUACUACACUUCCUCUCCCUUUUGUCACACGCCUCAACCUCCUUUCUCACUCGCCUUCCGUUCUUACACUCCCUUCUCCAUUGCAGCUGCCCUCACCUCUCACCUCCCCAACCUAUCACCUCCCCCAGAUCUCACCCCCCCCCACCCUCUCACUUCCCCAACCUCUCACCUUCCCCAGCUUCAUCUCCCCCCACCUCUCAACUCUCCCCACGUCUCACCUCCCCCACCUCUCACCUCCCCCAGCUCUCACCUCCCCCAGAUCUCACCUCCCCAGCGCUCACCUGCACCUCUCUUCUGUGCGCCUCCUCCUUCCUGGCCUCUGCCCGCCCCCCUCCGCCACUAUGAUGCUGCCGCCCAUCUGGAGGAGAAAAAAGGGAGCAAAUCAAGAGGCCAAAUGUCAAGGAGGAAUGCUCGGGUUGUGGGAGGAGCGGCUGGCAUGGCCCUGCUUGGCCAUCUCUGCCACUAUGAUGCUGCCGCCCAUCUGGGGGGAGGGAGAGAAUGA